UCCACAUUUUAAGUGCCGUUCGUUUCACUUUCACACUAGGUAGCUGAGAGAGGCGUUUUUAGGUCUCAUCAUCAUCUCUUAUUGAAUUAGGGUUUUGAAAUGUGGAGGGAGAAUGGAGCUCUCUGAAUCGUCCUCCUCCUCCUCCUGUGUCUCCCCAAAUCUGGAUUUGCAUAUCGGCAACAGCAACGAAAUCGAUCAGGUUCAGCUCAACCAUUCCGACAUAGGGUCUCAACAGUCCACCACCACCGCCGCCUACCAGCAGCUGGACAAUCACUCCGACUCCGGUGGUGACGCGGCGGUGGUUAGUCAUUCCGGUCCCGAUCCCGAUGUUGCUGCUGAUGUCGUGGAUCACGCUGUCGUCGUUGAUGAGAUUGAGAGAUUGGAUUUGAGAGGAGACGACGACGCUGAUGUAGAUGUAGCGGUGGAGGCGGCGGCGGCGGAGGUAGAGGUUGAGGCGGAGGAGAAGAGUUCUAAUGGUGGUGGUGGUGGAGAAAUCGAAAACGGAAAUGAAAGUGAGAGACAGAGCGAGGAAGAAGAGAGCAAUGAAGGAGAAAACAGGAGUGAGAAUGGAGACAAGAAGGGGGGAGAAUAUAACAGAAGGUAUCAGUAUCCAGUGAGGCCUGAAGCUGAAGACUGUUCCUUUUACCUCAAGACUGGGAAUUGCAAGUUUGGAUCCAACUGCAAGUUUAAUCACCCUGUUAGAAGGAAAAACAACCAGGGUUUUAAAGACAAGGUGAAGGAAAAGGACGAGUUUUCAGAGAAGCCAAGCCAGACAGAAUGCAAGUAUUACUUAAGGCCAGGGGGAUGUAAGUAUGGGAAAGCUUGCAGAUACAACCAUGGAAAAGGGAAACCUUUGGUUGCUCCAGUUGUGGAACUUAACUUUCUGGGACUGCCAAUUCGACAGGGGGAGAGAGAGUGUCCCUACUAUAUGCGAAAUGGCUCCUGCAAGUAUGGAUCAAACUGCAGGUUUAAUCACCCUGAUCCUACUGCUGCAGGAGGAUCUGACCCUCCGUCUGGAUUUGAUAAUGGUGGACCUGCAUCAUUACAAGGUGGAUCGCAAUUAUCAUCUUGGUCUGCACCAAGAUCAUUAAAUGAGACUCCGCUUUAUAUGCCAAUGAUGAUGCCACCAUCUCAAGGGGUUCCUUCCCAAAAUACAGAAUGGAAUGGCUAUCAGGCACCAGUUUAUCUAGAAAGAAGCAUGCCUGCACCUCCACCAUAUGUUAUCAACAACUCAGGGACCGAAACCAAUGUUUAUAAACAAUAUCCACCGUCAAAUCAAGUUGAUGAAUUCCCAGAACGACCUGGACAACCUUUGUGCAGUUUCUUUUUAAGAACAGGGGACUGUAAGUUUAGAUCUAACUGCAAAUAUCAUCAUCCAAAAAGUCAGACUGCAGUAUCCCCCUCAUUUGCACUGAGCGACAAGGGCCUGCCUUUGAGACCAGAUCAGAAUAUUUGCACCCAUUACAGUCGCUAUGGCAUUUGCAAAUUUGGGCCAGCUUGUAAAUUUGAUCAUCCGUUACAUUUAACAUCUUCAACUACAUCUGGUCUUGAUCAUCAACUUCCUUUCAGUGACUUAGCGAAUACAAAAGAGGCGGGAAUAGCUAGGAGCAGAAGUGGAACUGAUGAUACAAUUCAGCUGCAACAAGCUGUGUAAUAAGUUUUGCAUGAAAUACCUGCUAGAGCACAGCAUUUGCAUGACCAAGGAUAUGUAACUCUUAUUUAUUUUGGAUCUUAAAAAACAUGUGGAACUUUUCCAUCCAGCUGCUAGAAGUAACUUUUAUUUGCGAAGGAUCCGGAUCACCGGGAUUGUAAAUUAUGUCUUAUUUAUGUCAUUUGAGCAGCAAAUACAGAAGUAAUUUGGAACAACCUCUAUUUCAUGAAUAUUCGAGUCAGUAUAGUUCUGUUCCCAAGAUGAAUUUUAGAUUGCGUGGUUUUUGCAUUUCA